AUGUCGUCCUCCGCAACACCGAGCCUCGCCCACCGAUCCAUUGCCAACAUCCGAACCGAGACGGGUUCUGGCAUCAGCGGCGGCCCUGCAAGUCCACACACCCCUUCUCGCAACAUCUCUUCAACAUUUGGCUCCCCGUCCAGUCUACGCGCCGAGGAAGACAUCAUCGUCAUAGAGCUGGGCUCUCGCUUCAUUAAACUCGGAUUCGCCGGAGAGCCAGCACCGAAGGCCGUGCUAUCCCUAGGUCCUGAACAACUACGCCGCGUAGGCGACUUCCGCACGUGGGACCCAGAUCACAAGGAUGAUUGGCGUCGUCGUCCAACGGGCAAGACUUGGGGAGACGACCAUGAGCUAUGGCAAUAUGAUGUGCGGACCGUUGACUUGGGGCUUGUUGAGGAUAAAAUAGACCGAGCUGUUCGGGAAGCAUUGAACAAGUUCCUUCUUAUCGAUUCACGGCCGCGAAGAACCUCUCUUGUCCUGUCCUCGUCGAUACCUCUGCCAUUACUGUCGACCACCCUCGAUGUUCUUUUCCACCGCUUUCAGGCACCGAUUGUAUCUUUGAUGUCAUCCGCAGUCACGUCGGUUGUGGGAGCUGGCACUCGGUCAGCACUGGUCGUGGAUCUUGGCUGGGCUGAGACCAGUGUGACGAGCGUCUACGAAUACCGCGAGAUCCGCACCACAAGAACUACCCGCGCAGGCAAGAUGCUGGUCAACGAGACACACAAUAUGUUGCAAGAUGCACUAUCGACUUCAUCAGCGCACUCGCAGAAGACCCGUCGGGAAAGGGAACAAGGGCGGCACUCUCUGAGUUUUGUGGAGUGCGAAGAAGUCGCCUGUCGCCUUGUCUGGUGUCGCCAAGUCAAGCGUGGCGAUCUCCCAAGUAUCAGGCGGCCGGAGCAACAGCAACCUGGAGGAGAGGCAUUGCCUACGGUCGAGGAGCAGGACGAAUCCCCGCCAACUUCUCCCAUCGAAGAAGAGCGGUCUGACAGCAAUGUCGAGGUUUUGAUCCAUUCCGUGGAACCAGCGGAGAACCUGACUUUACCAUUCCAACAACUGUCAGAGCCGUGCGAAAACACCUACUUUGCGCCACACUACUCACGUAGUAGCUUCGAUGAUGACGAGCUCCCUAUUCAUCACCUUAUUUACCAACACCUAGUCCAGCUUCCGAUUGAUGCUCGAGCAGUGUGCAUGUCGCGCAUUGUAUUCAUCGGCGGCUGUUCUAGAGUCAUAGGCUUGAAGCGGAGGAUAUUCGACGAGCUGUCGAAACUCGUCCACGAGCGUGGUUGGGACCCCGUUCAGGGGCGUGCACCAAAGCAGUACGAGAACAAUGCGUCGCUGAAGAGAGGCAGCCGACGUGCAACCGAAGGUCCUACAGAGAUUGAGCCGCCCGCAAGGGAGACGGAAGAACGUAGAGUUACGGGCGAAGAUGAGCCUCGAAGCGCAGCGGAUGUCAUUGAGGACUCCUUGAGGAAGCGAGAUAGCCACCAUCCUAAAAUUCAAGGCACCCUUCGACCUCUGGGUUCUCUCGGGCCGUGGGGAGGAGCCAGCUUGGCAUGCCAGCUCAAAGUUAUGGCGAUGGCUAAUAUUGACCGCGAGCUGUGGCUGCAACAAGGAGUCAACGGGGCUUCACGGCCGAAUGAAGUUGACGUCAAGGCUCAGCAGCGGCAGAGCAUGGGACCCGGUGGACUGAUGCGAGGAGCUGGAGGUCAAUCGAACUGGACAUUGGGGGCAUGGGGAACUUUAUAG